AUGUUCAUACAGUCUCCAGCAAACAUUAUAUUGUCUCUACAGGCUACCGCGAUUAUUAAAUUGUUCAUACAGUCUCCAGCGAUCAUUAUAUCGGCCAUGUUGACUCCGCGAUCUACAAUGGGUCUUUCAGACUCUCAAAGUCAUAAAAUUGUUCCCACAGACUCCCGCAAUCAAUAAAUCGUCCCUACAGACUACUGCGAUCAUUAAAUUGUUCAUACAGUCUCCAGCGAUCAUUAUAUCGGCCAUGUUGACUCCGCGAUCUACAAUAGGCCUUUCAGACUCCCACAAUCAUAAAAUUGUUCCCACAGACUUCCGUAAUCAUUAAAUCGUCCCUACAGACUACCGCAAUCUGUCAAUAAAAUACGGCGAGAGGCGUGGAAAAAAUGCCCCACGGAGGUUUUCUGCAUCUCUUCACCGACUCUGACUGUCUUACAGGGCGUCGUUUGGGAUUUCAAACUUUUGAAUUUCCCUCACGUAUCCUUGAUGGAAAAUGCAUAAUUAAUUACCCUUCAAUUAGUUAUUUUUUGCUCUGGUGAUUUUCUUGAUACUUUAGGAGCUUUACUUAAUGUUCCAUGGCAUAAAAGGAAAGCCUUCUCUUAAAAAGGACUUGCCAAGGAAUUAGAGCUAAAAUUUUCAGGUAUUACUCCUCUUUCAUUUGUUAAACCUUCAUACCUUUUUCGUUUCACCUAUUCUCAAUAAAGUGCUCGUUCCACAGAGUUUUGAAUGAAAUUCCUAAAGAAUUCGUGGCGAAAUUACCUCCUUCCAUUUUUUAUGUUACGUUCUCCGUUUUUCUUUGGUCGUUUAUACCUCAAAAUAGAUUUUUCCUGCAGGGGCAAGGCUAUCAUGACUGAAAUCGUUCCGGUCCUUUCUGAAGAAGACAAGGACAGAUUAUACCAAACUCUUCCCACGACCUAUCAUGUGUACAAGGAAUUCGAUGCUCUUUUCGAGGUAAAUAAUAACUUUCCGUUCAUUAAAUGGUGAAUUUUUUAUAGAAAACCGAAGGGAAAGAAAAACGAACAGUCAUAUUUGAUUUCCCAACCAGCCUCGUGUUCUGGAAAGAUCAAGGCCAAAGGAGCUCGAUUCAUGGGCUCGCCCUGCUACGUUUAUUCAUCAUGAAUGGCUUUGAAGCCUAUGGCGUCUUAACAGCCUACGGAUGUCGAAAAAAAUCGCGAUUCGACGAUAUUGUCGCCAAGGUGAGUUGAGAGCCUUUCUCUACAUGUAAGAAAAUUUCAUUUUUGCAGACUUUGAAAAAAAGCGGCCUUCUGGUCCAAGUCCCGCCGGGAAGUCCGAAAAAAACUCUUCUGAUGUCACACGCUGAGAAUUUGGAUGCUGUUAUCGUCACGAAAGAAAGAUCAAGGUUUGAAUUUUUGAAAGUAGUUUUCUAUUGCAUGAGGCGAAGUUUUUAUUAGUCAGCCUCGAAAAAUCUUAAUUUUUCGAUUUACUUAUUUCAGAUUCUUUAUUUGAAGAUAUGAAUAGAAGAAAAAUAAAUGUUCUUCUAGUUUUUUUUUAACUAUCGCAAAUUUUCUAGGCGCUUGGAAUGAAAACGAACAAAACACGAUUUUUAACAUUUUCAGUGAAAAGUUGGAGGCACUAUCGGAUGUGUACCGAAGACAGAACGUCGUUUAUUUUACCGCGCAACAAAUAAAAUCAAGCGAACGUCUAUCUCGUACAAAAGACAAUCGGCAUUUUAUCAGCUGCUGCAAAUUUGCGUUCACUCCAACUCAAUUCUCGACUUCAACACUGCAGGGUAUUUUUUUCUUGAAUUUUUCCGCACAGAAAUUCUUCAAACUUUUUGGAAAGAUUCCUGUGCUCCAGUAGUGAACCGACGUUCGAAAAAAUAAAAGCAAGACACGCUUCGUUGGCUUCGGAUUAUCAGAAGAAGGCAAGUGUUUUUGAAGUUUCAUUAAGCGUUUCUUUCAAUUUUUGUAAUGGUGCUUGAGGAGAAGCUAAUUACGCAUAGAAGAUUUAGAACGAUUUCUGAUGAUUUUUGAAACCGUCGAUCUGUUUUGAAGGGUAUAUAAAUAUUUUCACAUUAAUCGAGAUAUGCUCGAAACAGGAAAAAAAGGCUAACAGAAAGGGCAAAACGUUGAUCCGCGCUUUUAUCAAAACCUAUCAGCCACUGUGCAAAUAACCUUCAUCAUUUAGGAAAAAUCCUGAUUAUGAAUUUUUACAGGCGCUUUUGGUGCUGAACGAACUGUGCUACAUGAAGUCGUUUAUCAUGAAAAAGUGUCGGCAGGUGAUUCCCUCACUUCGAGUUCGAGCGCUUUUGGGACCAGAAAUCCAAAAGAGAAUGACCCCGUCGUCAGGGGUGCAGACGCCGAAAAGGGAGCAGAGUCUGAAGAAAACGUCGAAUGA